AUGGCUAAGUCACAAUCAUCAGACAAGUCCCCGUCAAAGGGACGAAUAUACGCCGAUGUCGAUCAUGACCCCGUCACCAGUGUGCUCCCCAAUGGGGACAUCCCCUACACGGACCAUGAUAUGGACGCGGAUGAGAGGGUGAUCGUGGCGUUGGGAUACAAGCAGGAAUUCAAGCGUGAAUUCUCCCUGUGGACGACAUUCUGCGUCAGCUUUGCGGUCCUAGGGCUGCUCCCAUCAUUCGCCAGUACCAUUUACUAUGGGAUGGGAUAUGCUGGGACGGCGGGAAUGGUUUGGGGGUGGAUAAUUGCAAUGGUUUUCAUUCACGGUGGGCUUUACUAUGCUGCGGCCGUUCUAGCUCCCCCGGGGUACGGUCCCUUUGCUGCUUGGAUCACCGGAUGGUCCAACUGGAUCGGCCAGAUCACCGCUGCUCCCAGCGUGAACUACGCGCUUGCGGCCAUGUUGCUGGCCGCGGGCUCGAUCGCAAACCCCAGCUAUGUCCCCACCGCAUGGCAGACGUAUCUCCUGACCACACUCAUCAUGAUCAUCCACGCGGCCAUCAGCAGCAUGCCAACCCGAUGGGUCGCGACGUUCAACUCCUGGGGCUCAACGUUCAACAUGCUCGCGUUGGUUGCUGUGAUUAUCGCCAUUCCUGCAGGGACCAAGAACGAGCCCAAGUUCACCCCAUCCAAGGAAGUCUGGGGCACCAUCACCAACAUGACCGAUUUCCCAGACGGCGUCGCCGUGCUGAUGACCUUUGUCGGCGUGAUCUGGACCAUGUCCGGGUACGACUCGCCCUUCCACCUGAGCGAGGAGUGCUCCAACGCCAACAUCGCCUCGCCGCGCGCCAUCGUCAUGACCUCGGGCGUCGGCGGCCUGAUGGGCUGGUUCCUGCAGCUCGUCGUCGCGUAUACGGUCGUCGACAUCGACGCGGUGCUCAACUCGGACCUGGGCCAGCCGUGGGCGUCGUACCUGCUGCAGGUGCUGCCGCAGAAGACGGCGAUGGCCGUGCUGGCGCUCACCAUCAUCUGCGGCUUCUCCAUGGGGCAGGGGUGCAUGGUGGCAGCGUCGCGGGUGACGUACGCCUACGCGCGCGACGACUGCUUCCCGCUGUCGCGGUACUGGAAGCAAGUCAACGCGACGACCAAGACGCCCGUCAACGCGGUGAUCCUGAACGCCGUGCUCGGCGUGCUCAUGUGUCUGCUGAUGCUUGCGGGCGAGGUGGCCAUCGGCGCGCUGUUCUCCAUCGGCGCCAUCGCCCAGUUCGUCGCCUUCGCCAUCCCCAUCGCCAUCCGCGUGUUCUUCGUCGGCAACCGCUUCCGCAAGGGGCCCUGGCAUCUCGGCCCCUACGGCGCCCUCAUCGGCGGCAUCGGCGUCUCCUUCGUCCUCCUCAUGGUCCCCAUCCUCUGCCUGCCCAGCGUCGUCGGCAGCGAUCUCACCCCGGACCUGAUGAACUGGACGUGCCUGGUGUGGGGCGCGCCCAUGGUCGCUGUCACCAUCUGGUGGGUAGUGGAUGCGCGCAAGUGGUUCACCGGACCCAAGGUCAAUGUGGAGCAUGCCAUUCACCCCGUGGAGGAGGAGGAGGAGGUAGUGCCCGCUAUUGUUGUGGGGGUGGAGGCCGAAGAUCCGUUGGCUCGGGAUGUGGAUGCGAGAGAUUCGUCCAGCAAGUCUUCCAAAGCUUGA